AAGAGUCAAAAAGAAAAAAAAAAUAAUAAUAAUAAAUAAAUAAUGCUGUCAAGCAACGGCAAUCAAGCGCAAUAUGUGUACUUUCUGCUGUCGGGUGCGGUGGCAUUGGCCAUCAUUGUGCUCGCCUAUAUCUCAGUGCGCACAACACUAGACUCUAAGUUACGUGAAGAUCUCGGUGCGCUACAAAAGACCUUUAAUUAUAUGAAGCCAUCGUGGAGUUACAACAAUACAUGGCGUCAAAUUGGCAGCAAAGCCAAUCAUUUGAUUUACUCGGCAUACUUCGAUGACCGGCUGGAUGUUUUGGAAACCAUAAUUAAUCACAAAACGAGAGUGCCAAUAGGUUCGUUGCGUAUAUUCGCCAUCCUACCACGCCCAUUCAAUGAUGCCGUUACUUGCACCAUCAGAUUCGAAAAUUUUAUUGAUGAAAAAGUGCCCCUCGGCAGAGUGCAGCCGAUGAAUGAAGAUCAUGGCUUUAAGUACGCGCCCUAUUCCAUUCGGUGUCCACUGUAUGUGAACCGCAAUAACAGCAAUAUGUCCUUGCCACAAUCGGUCGCCAUAUCUUAUGCCUCCAAUAGAUUAAGCCAACUGAGUCCAACAUUUGUGCCAAUCAGUUACCCACGCGACAUAGAACAAUUGUUCGCCAUCUCACGACCGGUGUUGUCGGUGUGCGUCGGUCCGCUACAACAAAACUAUACGGACGCCUUACGCAUUGCAGAAUUUGUCGAAAUGUACCGCAUACUCGGCGCACGACACUUCUACUUUUACCAUCUCUCCAGUAGCGAAGAUGUGUUGCGUCUAUUGGAACAUUACCAACGUGAGGGCAUUGCGGAUGUGUUGCAGUGGAAUGUACCAACAGAACUACUAAACGAUGUCCACUAUGCAGCCAUAAUGGCACAAAUAAACGAUUGCGUUUACCGCGCUAUGACCGUGGACAACUAUCGGUAUGCCGCAAUCGUGGAUCUCGAUGAGGUACUCAUACCGCUGAAACACAAUUCCUUAGCCCAGUACAUGCAUCAAUGCGACGAGGGUCGCACUUCGGCGUAUGUCUUUCGCAAUGUCUUCUUCUAUAAGCUCGAUAGUAAUGAUAGUUUUAGUAUGCCAGCGCAUACGCGUAAUCGCUUCUCGUAUACGCAGAUGAAGGUGCGUCGCACUUUGGAAAUAAUGCCCGCCCAUCAGCGGAGUAAAUGCAUUGUGAAUACACAUUCCAUUAUCGAGAUGGGUAAUCAUUUUGUGUGGCGCGCUGUGCCCGGUUAUACGGAGAUGACGGUGCCGCAGAGUGUAGGCCUACUUUUCCACUAUCGCGAUAAGUGUGUCAACUGUAAGGCUCAGCUAAUGGUGGACUAUACGGCACGUCGGUUUGGAUCGUUGAUUUGGGAUCGUGUGGAUGAGACGUGUGGCCAGGUGUUUACGAAAAGUGGCAUCUGUACGAUGUAGUAGGGGUGUUGAGGGGAUGCAUGCCAGUUUUUAAGUGUUCAAUCUAAGUCUAGUAAGUUUAGAAAUUAAUUAAUAUUUAUAUUUACAUAAGAAGUCUUUGUGAUAAGUAACGUCGCCAAGGAAUAAUAAUUAUUUAUUUA